GUGGGAAGCGUCGGUGAGUCCCUGUCUCUGCUGUGCUCCAUGUAAACACGACAGAAGAAGCGGCAGCAACAGCAGCAGGUUGUUCAAGAAAAUCUGCAAAUGACAUCUUCAUAAGUCUCCCAAAACCACAGAUUUACCACCUUUUAUCAUUGGUUUCCUGUUCCAAAAGUAAAUAAAGCUGGUGCGCUAUGGUCCGACUCUACACCAUUCCCAUGCAUUCACCAUGAUGCUGGCUCAGUGCUGCCCCCCUGUGGCCCUCCUCUUCCUCCUGCUCCUGUCUCUGCCUCUCUCUCUCUCCUUCCUCAGCUCAUCAGACGACCAGGAAGCCGUGCCUGAAGAAUGGGUCCUGCUUCAUGUGGUACAAGGACAAAUCGGGGCCGGAAACUACAGCUACCUUCGUCUCAACCAUGAUGGGAAAAUUAUUCUCCACAUGCGCAGUCUUCGUGGAGAUGCUGACCUAUACGUUUCGGAUAAAACUCUUCGCCCAAGUUUUGAUACGUACAAGCUGCAAUCGGCAACAUGUGGGCAAGAUGUUGUCGUGGUACCUGGGGAAUUCGCUAGACCAGUUGGAAUUGGUAUUUACGGACAUCCCUCAUAUCAAGAAAGUGAAUUUGAAAUGAGGGUGUUGGAUGAUACAGUGCCUCAAGAUCCAUUUGAAGAUAGCACCUUUGAAAACGAACAAAAUCAGAAAAAAACACAAGCAACUUCAACAGACGAUUUUCAAGAAGAGGAGUCGAUAUUCUGGACAAUACUCAUAGGACUGCUUAAGUUAAUUGUGGAGAUUCUAGUUUAAAAUUAGUAAAUAGAGAUGCAAUUGUAAUUAUUUUUCUAAUCUGUCAUAAAAAUUAACAAAAUCUUUGUAAGUUUAAUUUUGUUUUUUGGGGUGGAACAAAUGUAGGAUGCAGAAAAAAAACUACCUCUGAAUGAAAUUAGAUUGACAAAUCAGUAUUUCGUCACAUAAUAAUAAAGGGUCAUUUACCAUCAUUAAUACAUGCUAUACAAAUCUUACAAAUUAACUACAAUUUGGGUGGGUGAAAUGGUAAAAAACAGCAACAAGUAACAGUCUAGGCCACUAUUUUUAUCUCAAGUACUUUAAGAAUCUUUAUAUUGUUGCUAAUUGAUUCUUAGGGGAGUUCAUAUUUGACAGGCUGAAUUAUAUAUUAUGGCUUUAACGUUUAGCACAGAAAAGUGCGAAAGGGCUAGAUGGGCUGGUGAGUUAUGUAGGUCACACCCAAAGCCAUAAUGUACAAAGAUGUGCUACAUCACAGCAAAUAUUAAAAUUGUGUGACAAUUUAAAGGCAGUGUUUACUAUAAAUGAUGUCAAAAUCUUGUUCUGUUCCAGUCCCAUGUACCCCACCCAUAGUUAAUUGGAAGACUCCAGUAUAAACAACUCUUGAUUGGAAGACCAUUGUCCUUUUAGUGGUAGCAUAACAUAUUAAAUAAAAUCAGGAAACGGCUCAUAUUGGUGCCCUGAGCCCGUUGUAGCCACAGUAUUACAAAAAGUUGCCAAAACAUAACUUGUUGUUCAACUUGUGUGUGAAUCUCCCUUGUUUAAAUUGGACAUUUGACUCUUAAGUCAAAUACAACACUUCACCUGUAGAACUGGAUUCAGUGGUUCAGUUUGAGGUUGGUUUUCUCAGAUCAGAAAUGUUCAACAGUGCCUUGAACUUCAGCCACAAAGUUUGAUAAUAAAACUUUUUUUUUUCAAGAA